AUGGCUUCACUCACUGAGGAAACUGUUCUUCCACGCCCUGGUGCACUAUCGGAGUCACCAUCUUCACCAAUCCCGGGCCCUACUGAGGAAGCUUUCACCGAGACUUUCGGAAAACUACUCCCUCCAGCGACUUAUCUACACACGAGCGACGGAAAAGCAGUAUACUACGAUUUAGUACCUUUGUCACCACUUUCGCAACAAGAUGGCUCGUCUACGCCCGAGCGCGUGCUUUUCAUUCAUGGCGUACAAACUCCGGCUCUAGGGAUCCUUCCACUUGCGCGAGCAUUGCAAGCAUCAUUUCCCGCGACCCAUUUCGUGCUGGUGGAUCUCUGGGGCCAUGGAUUGAGCGAUACUCCUGUUGUACCGCAUGAGCCAAGUCUGUUCCAUAACUUACUAGAUUUCCUGUUGGACAGAUUGGAAUGGCCCUCCGCCCAUCUUGUGGGCUAUUCAUUUGGAGGCGCUCUCACGGUCGGAUACGUUGUCUCGCGACCAUCAAGAGUACAAAGUUUCACUCUGAUUGCCCCUGCCGGUAUCAUUCCAUCAUCUGCAUUUACAACCGAGGAGCAUGCCCAUCUACGUGGCGACGAUGAAGCUGCAGCGCGGAAAUGGAUCUUGAAUUUUCUCCAGGGCGGCGAGUUGUUAGUUCCAGCUGAUUGGAAAGAGAGAGUCGAACGUGGCGAAGUGGUUGCCGAAGCAGUGAAGGCAUGGCAGAAAAAGGCCCACCCUGGACACAUCGCAUCCGUCGUUGCAAUCUUCAGGGACGGUGGUGUAAUGGAUCAAAACGCUGCUUUCGAGAGGGCAGCAGGCAGUGGAAUCCCAUUUCUGGUGGUACUUGGUGAGUCAGAUGACGUAUGCACCAAGGAAGAACUCGAGGAGCUUGGGUUCAGGAACAUCAGUGUCGUCCGGAAUGUUGGCCACGAGGUUGUGCGCCAAAAAGUCCCCGAAGUCACAUUGUUAAUUGAAGAUUUCUGGGCCAAGCUUCGGCCAGCUUGA